AUGAUAGUUACAACAACCGUAUUGAAGGGAACUUUCCCCAAACGAAUGAUCGUUACGAUUAUGAUAUUCGUUGCAUGCACAGCGUCGUUCAUGCUGCGUGUACAUAUGUCGAUCAAUCUCUUGGCAAUGAUACAACCAACUGCUACCGCACCAUCAAACAACAGUAUCACCGGGCUGAACGACACGAACUCGGUCUCCUCAACGCCCAACGCAACAGCAAAUGUGACAUUCGAUGAUAAUCUAAUCGUUCCUGCACCGGUUGUACCUGACUAUGGGCCACGCUACGACUGGAACCAAAACACCCAGAGCCACAUCCUGGGAGCUUACUUCUACGGCUAUCUACUGACGUCACUUCCGGCUGGUCCACUGGCAGAACGAUACGGUCCACAGCGAUUGAUCGGCUACUCGUUUCUGCUCUGCGCAAUCGUCACCGCUCUUUUCCCACUGUUUGCCGCUAUCAAUGUUUGGACUGUCAUUGCUGGUCGCCUUCUAAUCGGUUUGCUAAGCGGAUGUGUGUAUCCUACGCUGCAUAAUCUAAUUUCGCGCUGGAUUCCUCCGAACGAGAAAAGUAAAGCCGUCGCCUGUAUUGCCGGUGGCAGUACAUUCGGAACAGUGAUUACAUGGCCUGUUGCAGGCCUUCUAACGGAACACUUCGGUUGGAUGUACGCAUUUUAUGUUCCAGCCGCACUCUCCGCUCUGAUCGGCGGUAUAUGGUUAUGGUUAAUCGCCGAUUCUCCGAGUGAACAUAAAACAAUUACAAAGGAAGAACGUGAUCUCAUAGAGGCAUCCUUUGGAAACACAGUCUCGAAAACGAAGGCGAAACCUCCACUGCUGGAAGUUGUUACGUCUGUCCCAUUCAUUGCCCUCAUCCUAUCUCAUUACAGCAGCUUUUGGGGGUUAAACUUUUUCGUCACACAAGCCCCCAAAUUCAUUAACGAAGUGCUUGGCUUUAACUUAACCAACGCCGGUUUCCUCUCCAGUUUGCCCUAUUUGGCACGCAUGUUUUCAGGAUUCUUCUUCGGAUACAUCGGAGAUUGGUUACGGCGAAGGGAAUUCAUGACCGUUACUGCUUUGCGCAAAUCGUUCAUCGUGUUCUCACAUUUCUUACCAGGCGCAUUUCUGAUUGCACUUCCCUUUAUCGCGCAGGAUCCAAUCGUUACCGUUUCAUGCAUAGUGGCGUGUCUCGGGUUUAACGGAGCAUCGACUAUUACCAAUCUGGUAAAUGCGCAAGAUUUGGCCCCAAACUUUGCGGCCACUUUGUACGGAAUGAUGAACUUUCUGGCAACAACGGCCGGUUUUCUAGCACCCAUGACAGUAGCUUUCUUUACCAAGGAAAAGAAUACAAUGGAAGAAUGGAAAUAUGUGUUUCUGCUGACUGCCGGCUUCUACAUUGUGUCCGGGAUCGCGUUUGUUAUUUUUGGUUCCGGAAAAGUACAGAAAUGGAACGAAAUCAAAGAGAAAGCAACGGUAGAGGCUGUAGAACCCGAGGACCAGAGUGUAAAGUUAUAA